CAAUUCCUCCACCGAUUCAAACAACCCAAACAUCCCAAUCAUGGCGGGCGGCUCUGAGGUGAUGGCAGUAUUGAUGCCAUUCAUCUCAUGGUCAGUCUUACCUCAAUUAUUAACAAAAUUUGCUCUUCGAGGUUUGUAUGAUAUGCAUAUCCUUACGCGACCAUCUACACCAAUUCAAGCACAAUUACAUGCUCGUCGGGUGCAGGCAUUGGUGAUUAUUGGGUAUCUUCUUUAUACUGUUUACAGCACAAUAUUCAAGCGAGAUCCAAACUUUUACGAGGUAUUGGGCAUUCCUUUGGAUUGUGACGCAGAUGAUAUCAGACGAUCUUUCCGUAGACUAGCACGCAUUUAUCAUCCCGAUAAGACCGCCGGUCGUCAGCAAGAUCAAUUGUUCUUUAUUGAGAUACGCAAAGCACAUGACGCACUAGCAGAUCCUCUGAAACGGCUUGCAUACGAUCGAUUCGGACCAUCCGUGUUGGAAAAGAGGGAGUUGGCAACAGAAAGAGAAUUCUUUUUACAUGGAUUCCAAAGCAGUUUAGGUUUUUACAUCGUUCAUCCUAUAUCGUAUGGUUUCGUCAAUUGGCUUGCAGGCAGAAAGGCAAUCAGUUACUGGCUAGUAACCCUUUAUAUCAUCUUACUCGCCUCAGAGUUCUCACUCAUCAUGGGCGUUCGCAGAUGGGAUGGUUUUGGCCUUCUUCCAGCAACAAUGACCGCUCAUGACUUGGUGGCUUCUUUGCAUUCCGCAUACACUGCAGUCAUUCUGGCAUCUUCUCACCUUGGACCACUUUUGCCGACAUUACGCAAUCCAGCAGCAAAUACUUCGUUCAACCAUCUCUUCGAUGGUGCCGCAUCCGAGAAAGAUAUGGUCGGGCUUAGAGAACUGGUGAUGCAGCAAGAGAUGAAGAUGGCCGACAUUCAUAUUCAAUCUGGUAGAAAUCAAGAUAUGAAUUUGUUGCCAUUACGACCUAUACCCAAAUCCAGCGUUUCAACAUUACAGCAAGCGGCCAAUGAAGCAGCCAAACGUCGAUCAAAACCGAGAAUCACGGGAACCGGUCCUUCUGUUCGUCAACCGUCUAGGCUUGAGCAAACAUUUAUUCAUCGUUUAAGUCAAUUGAUCUUGCGUCAUAGACUGGAGGUGAUUCCAGCUGUACGAGAAGCUGAGAAGAAAAGAUCGGCAAGUAGACAUGAAAGGAAGGAGAUUCGAAGGUCUGAAUCAGAAGCUUCUGUCGAACAAGUACCAUCGAGUAUAAGUUCCAAUGGGAACGGGGUUAACAAUGUCAAAGCAUGAUUGAAGAGAUGUAUCUUCUUUUAAUUUAUACUGUACACUAUCAUACAAAUAGCAGCAACAACAACUGUACUACAAUGAAUUGUCUUCAACUAAUACUCUUUUAACUUCACCUUGACGAAGAUGGAUUCAGACCGAAUUUGUCCACCACAAUUUGGACAAUAUCGCUCCAUUCUAGCAUAGCACCAUUUCCCAAAUCACCGCAUGCCAACUUCUUCUGAAUAGGACCGUGUACAUUGUAUCCCAAUGUUUCUUUCGCAAAGCGAACAUGAACAUCUGUCAGAGGAUGCAUAUGCAUCAGUGUAUUCAUGGCGGGAAAUAAGUAGGUUGGCGUCGAAGGUGAAAGCGCACGUAGGAAGCUUGUCUAGAGAAUAGAGAAAGGGAAAAGCAAGUCAGUGUGUCUAG